AUGGACCUUACAAUCGUAAACUCAGGAUCUUAUAGAGAAUGCAUAGAGGUAGUUGCACCCUAUCAAGUCCAGUAUUGUUACGUGAAUACUGCCAUCACCAUGGAUUUGGAAGGUGCACCUAAGGGUAUGGGAAUCGGGCCGAAAUUUGCCGUGUGCAUGCCAGAAAGCUGUACCAAGAAGGACAUCGUAAAUUUUCUGAACAAUGCUAACAUAAAAGCGUUGGUACCCGUUGAAUUCACUGGUACAGACUGUGUACCAACUAGAAACACCUACUCAGUAUCAUUUUGGAUAUUCAUGUGCUUUAUGGCAUUUUUUAUCUCCUGGGCAAUCAUUGCAACCGUUGUUGAUUACGUCUGGCAAAAAUACUAUAAGGACAAAGAGCAAAACAAAGGCGAUUACAUCUGGAUAACAGUACGUGCACUUUUGACCUACUCCAUCUACAGCAACGGAUCUAUAAUAAUGAAUGUUAGCCCACCUAAGAAAGGCACUCUCGAAUCAUUAGCAUGUAUCCGAUUCAUUUCGAUGUCAUGGGUUACAGCAGGACAUGUUGUGAUGAAUGAAGUUUCCACAGAUUCCUUUGCACCUGUACUGAGAAUGUGGGACCCUUUGUUAUCGAACACUAUCACAAAUGGAUUUUUCUCAGUUGAUACAUUUUUCCUUCUAUCUGGACUACUUGUAUCCUACAUAUUUUUCAAAUCGAAACCGUCCGCUAAAUUUGUCAAAAAUCCGAUGGUUUGGAUUAUGUUUUAUGUGCAUCGUUGGCUCAGGUGA